AUGGCCAGUCUGCAGUUUCACGGCGGCAUCGAUCCGAAUGUCUGUUAUGCAAGGCGAGAUCAGGAUCCAUGUCGGGCGAAACACUUCUUUGGACUGCAUCUGAAGCUCCAGCUGCUGACUGGCCUGAUGCCCAACCUAGAGUUGCUUCGCUCGCAGCCCAAGUGGCAGCAGUCGGUGCUGCGUUUAGGUGCAAUCCUCCACAGUCUGCUGGUUGCUUUCAUCUCACUGCAUCUGGGAAUGCUGUUCACCAAAACGACACUGGAUGCACUGCCCACGGGCAAUCUGGAGGACAUUACGGAUGCUCUGACCAUGACCAUCAUAUAUUUCUUUACGGCCUAUGGCAUCAUCUAUUGGUGUUUGCGCUCCAAGCGUUUAAGUCACUACCUGACCCACAUCAAUCGAGAGUAUCGUCAUCAUUCCCUUGCUGGUGUCAGUUUUGUCAAUAUGCAUGCCACGUACAGCUGGGCGAGAAGAUUUUCGUUCAUUUGGUUCAUCGCCUGUAUGGCGGGUGUCAUCUUCUGGGGCGUCACGCCACUGGUACUGGGCAUACGGGUGCUUCCGUUGCGCUGCUGGUAUCCUUUCGAUGCGAUGGCCGAGCACAUCUAUCCGUUCAUCUAUGCCAUUCAGCUCUACGGUCAGAUGAUUGUGGGCUCCACAUUCGCCUAUGGCGGCUUGUUGUUUGUCUCGAUCUCCUCAAUGCUGCUGGGUCAGUAUGAUGUGCUCUACUGUAGUCUCAAGAAUCUGGAUGCCCAUGCCAGGCUGAUGGCGGGAGAAUCGCUGCGCGACUUGCGUGCUCUUCAGCAGGAACUGCUGCUCGAUGAGUCAACCUGUGAGCUCGGGCAAUAUGCAAUGCUGCAGGAGCAACCUACGGACUUGGACAGAUUCACAUUGACGCGUAUGGAGCCACCACUGAGUUUGACAAGAGGCGCCCAUGCAGGACUCGUGGAAUGCGUGCGCUUGCAUCGUUUUAUACUGGAGUGCGCCGCAGAGCUGGAGGAGCUGUUUAGUCCAUACUGCCUGUUCAAGUCGCUGCAGAUUACGUUCCAGCUGUGCCUGCUCGUCUUCGUCGGAGUCUCCGGCUCACGUGAAGUUGUCCGUGUGAUCAAUCAGUUGCAGUAUCUGAUCCUGACCAUCUUCGAGCUCCUCAUGUUCACCUAUUGCGGCGAGCUACUGAGUCGCCACAGCGUCCGUGUGGGCGAUGCCUUCUGGCGUGGCAUCUGGUGGCAGCAUGCGCCCAACAUGAAAAGGGAUGUGCUCAUCUUUCUGGUGAAUAGUCGCCGAGCCGUCCGGAUCACAGCCGGCAAGUUUUAUGUCAUGGAUGUUAAUCGAUUGCGAUCGGUCAUCACGCAGGCUUUCAGUUUUCUGACGCUGCUCCAAAAACUGGCCGCCAAGAAGACAGCCCCGGAGUCCUAGGGCUUGGCUCUCGUCCUUGUCAGACCGCGCAGUCGGCAGCCAUUG